AUGGACGGGGUAUACCUGACCUUGCGGCUGCCCGCCCCCUGGAUCACGGGCGUAGGAGAAGGCGGCGGCACCAGCGCUUCCACACCCAUUGUAGCGGCGAUGUUCAACCGCAUCGUCGAGGAGCGCCUUCGAGCUAGCAAAGGCCCGCUGGGCUUCAUUAACCUGGUGUUGUAUCAACAUCCUGGUGUGUUGAAAAACAUUGCUAUUGGUAACAAUGCUGUCUGCUGCGAUGGGAAGUGCAAUGCUACGACUGGUUUUCGGGCUACGCCUGGGUGGGAUCCUGUGACUGGGCUCGGAACGCCUGAUUAUCCUAAAAUGCUUGAGCUGUUCGCUGGACUGCCGUGA